AUGUGGCGACACGUUGACCAUGCGUUCGUUGAUCACCUCAAGUCAAGCAUGAUUACUGUGCUUGUCGUUGUUUGGAUUUACAAUUUUCUCACUAAGGAGACUGUAGCGCAACCAGCAAUCCCGCCACCAGAAAUUCCAGGUAGGACCUAAUA